AUACCGGAAAAUCGAAAUCUUUAGCACUGAAGUAAAGUAAUUGCAAAAGACGCAACAUGUCGGACGCCGCGCCGGAAAAGAACGAUAAAGGUGAUAAAGAAUUUAUCAAAUUGAGAGUUGUUGGUCAGGAUAAUUCAGAAGUUCAUUUUAAAGUGAAAAUGUCUACUACGAUGGCUAAACUUAAGAAAACUUAUGCUGAGAGGCAAGGCGUAUCAGUUCAAACUCUUAGAUUCCUUUUCGAUGGACGACGAAUCAACGAUGAUGAAACACCCGCACAAUUGGACAUGGAAGAAGACGAUGUAAUCGAGGUUUACCAAGAACAAACUGGAGGAGCAACAAACAAUUAG